UUGCUGGGCAUUGGCAAUGGCAUCGAUGCGUCACAUCAGUAGCAUGCGGUAGUUUAACCACACGUAAAUGGUUAUGAAUGUCUUAUUGAAAAAUUCUUAGUCACAUUUUUUUUAAUCCUCAACCUUCGCACGAAAAUUCCGUUUAUUAACGCUGAUUGAGGAUGAUUUGGUGGAUUUUUCGAUGUGAUUUGAGAGCGUGAUGCGAGGGAGGAUGACGGGGAAGGACGAGAGGUGCACUGACUUUAUUUUUAUCGAUGGGAAUGAGAACGAUCUGAGGAGCUGCCGGCAUGAGGACCAGCUGAUGAGCCGCGUCUGGAGGCUCUCGAAACCACCGUCGAAGAUGAGGUUGAAUGAACCGACGAUAACCGCCCGACGAAUUUGUCGUCAGAAUCGCCUUAUCAGGGGCACUGACGCAUCCGUUCGUCAGUCUGCUGGUGAUAAUGCUCGGGAGAAGGGAGAUAAGGGAAGAGGAGUUAAAGACCCCUGCGGAUGCUGCGACGCCUGCCCCAGAGGUCAGAAUCGGCAGAAAAAGGCGAUGAGUAAUGAAUGAGUUUUUUAUGAUUUCACAAAUGAGUCAAACUGAAACAUUGCCCUGUGGAUUAAACGCAAUAUCAAGUCGGAAAUAUUCUCAGAAG